UCUUCAACCCAGUAUCUCUCUUUAAUUGGUACAAAUAUCCCUGCGCCGCCCUUCAAAAUUUCCUUCGUCGUUUACUUAAAUUUCUUGGCAACCAAACAGAACCGAGUCAAUCAAAAUUCUAUAUUUUUGAAAUUUUUUGGGGAUUUUUUUGAAUUUUUUUUCCGAUCAUGAUGCAAAGCCUGAAAUACUGGUUAGCAGAGCAUCCAUCAAUCGUGAAUUUCCGGUGGAGUCACACCCAAUCAUUUGGUUCAACGUGGUCAUUCCUUUUCGCCGCCAUCGCCGUUUACAUCGUCGCCGUCAUAACCCUCCACAGUUUCCUUUCCCUUAUCCUCUCCAAAAGCCGACGUAUCCCUCUCGGGCCAAUCCCAGCCAUCCAUAGCCUCUCUGUUUCAUUAAUCUCCGCUGUCAUUUUCGUCGGAAUCCUUUACUCCGCCGCCGCUGAGAUCCGCGACACACGCUGGUUCUGGCGCCGUACAAAAACAAUCUCCACACCAUUUCAAUGGUUCCUUUGUUUCCCACUCGGUACUCGUCCUUCCGGCCGUGUAUUCUUCUGGUCAUACGUCUUUUAUCUCUCCCGCUUCCUCCACCUCUUCCGUACAUUCUUCACCAUUCUCCGUCACCGGAAAUUAACCUUCUUCCACUUAUUCAACCAAUCAAUCCUCUUAUGGAUGUCCUUUUUAUGGCUCGAAUUCUCUCAAUCAUUCCAAGUCCUCGCCAUUCUCUUAGCCACUCUCCUAUACUCCGUCGUAUACGGCUACCGUUUUUGGACGGCGAUCGGUCUUCCGAGCGCCUGUUUCCCUUUCGUCGUCAAUUGUCAAGUCGUCCUUUUAGCCUGUAACCUAAUCUCCCAUUUUGGUGUCAUUUUCCUCCAUUUUCUCAAAGGUGGAUGUAACGGCAUGGGAGCUUGGGGAUUCAACUCCGUUCUAAACGGCGUCAUUUUAAUACUGUUCCUUAAUUUCUACGUCAAAAUGCAUUUGAGAAAGAAGAACGUUGAAGACAUUGAUGGAAACAGCAAUUCUUCAUCAUCAUCAUCAUCUUCUUCUUCUUCUUCAGCUCAUGGAUGUUCCAGGUCUGAUAUAAAAUUUGAAUGACUUUUAGUAAAAUUACAAAUUAAACCCACCUUUUUUUAAUGAUUUUUGUUAUAUAAAUCAUUUAGUUUUAGGGAGAUUAACAAGCAAAAAGUUCUCUAUCUUUUUCUUUUUUU